CCACUUGACUCCAUAGCUCCGCCCCCGUUCUGUGCCGGAACUGAUUGGCGGGACGCUGGAGGCCGAGCUGGCCACGCCCCCUCUGGGAAAGCGCGCGCCGCCGCAGUAGCGAGAACCUAGCCGGCGGGGAAGGAGUAGGCAGUCUUUAGCGUGAGCUUCAGAAGCGUUCUGUAGCAGAGCGGACAGCUGGUUGGCGCUUGGACCAAGCCGCGGCAGCAGGUCCCUCCACGUGCUUUCAGCGGCGCCAUGGAACUGGAGGAGUCGGGGAUCCGUGAGGAAUGUGGCGUAUUCGGGUGCAUCGCUUCUGGAGAGUGGCCCACGCAGCUAGAUGUGCCGCAUGUGAUCACUCUGGGACUCGUGGGGCUGCAGCACCGGGGUCAGGAAAGUGCUGGUAUUGUCACCAGUGAUGGGAGUUCAGUGCCUACAUUCAAGGUGCAUAAGGGAAUGGGUCUUGUAAAUCAUGUUUUUACUGAAGACAAUUUGAAGAAAUUAUAUGUCUCAAAUCUUGGAAUUGGGCAUACGAGAUACGCCACGACGGGAAAGUGUGAGCUGGAAAACUGCCAGCCAUUUGUUGUUGAAACUCUUCAUGGGAAAAUAGCUGUGGCACAUAAUGGUGAACUGGUAAACGCAGCUCGCCUAAGGAAAAAGCUUCUGCGCCACGGUAUUGGGCUUUCCACAUCCUCCGAUAGUGAAAUGAUUACCCAGUUACUUGCAUACACCCCUCCUCAGGAACGAGAUGAUACCCCAGACUGGGUGGCAAGAAUUAAGAACUUAAUGAAGGAAGCGCCCACAGCUUACUCCUUGCUUAUAAUGCACAGGGACGUCAUUUAUGCAGUGCGGGAUCCGUAUGGAAAUCGUCCUCUGUGCAUCGGACGUCUUAUUCCAGUUUCUGACAUACAUCACAAAGAGAAAAAAUCUUCAGAAACUGAAGGCUGGGUGGUAUCUUCUGAAUCUUGCAGCUUUUUAUCUAUUGGUGCAAGAUAUUCCCAUGAAGUGAAGCCUGGAGAAAUUGUAGAAAUAUCCAGACAUGGCAUCAGAACUCUUGAUACGAUUCCAAGGUCUGAAGGAGACCCAGUGGCUUUUUGUAUCUUCGAAUAUGUUUAUUUCGCAAGACCAGAUAGUAUAUUUGAAGAUCAAAUGGUUUACACUGUAAGGUACCGCUGUGGCCAGCAGCUGGCAAUUGAAGCGCCUGUGGAGGCAGACUUGGUUAGCACGGUUCCAGAGUCAGCUACGCCUGCUGCUCUUGGAUAUGCAGCUAAGUGUGGACUACCGUAUGUGGAGGUGUUGUGUAAAAACCGCUAUGUGGGGAGAACCUUCAUUCAGCCAAAUAUGAGGUUAAGACAGCUUGGUGUUGCAAAAAAAUUUGGUGUGUUGUCUGACAACUUUAAAGGUAAAAGAAUUGUCCUCAUAGAUGAUUCAAUUGUGAGAGGCAAUACUAUCUCACCCAUCAUAAAACUCCUCAAAGAAUCCGGGGCAAAAGAGGUGCACAUUCGAGUUGCUUCACCGCCAAUAAAAUACCCUUGCUUCAUGGGAAUAAAUAUACCCACAAAGGAAGAGCUGAUAGCCAAUAAGCCAGAAUUUGAAUGUCUUGCAGAAUACUUGGGAGCAAACAGUGUUAUAUAUUUGUCAGUGGAAGGACUGGUCUCAUCUGUGCAACAAGAGAUAAAAUUUAAGAAGCAGAAAGUGAAAAACCAUGGUAUUACAAUUCAAGAAAAUGGGAAUGGUCUGGAAUGCUUUGAGAAGACGGGACACUGUACGGCUUGCCUCACUGGGCAGUACCCUGUGGAACUGGAAUGGUAGCUGCCAGGACAGAGUUCCUGAGACUAAAAGUGAUCACAAAGUGGUUUACGUACUAUCUGUUACCCAGAUACCUGCUUAUGUAUGUAUACCUUUAUAAGCUUUGAGAAUUUCUGAGGUUACUAAAUUGCUAUAAUUAAACCAUGAUGGUUACAUGUAAUACAACAUGUAGGGAUUCUUUUUAUACGAGGAUCGUUUUUCACCUAGGAGGAGGCAGGAGGUUAGUGGUAUUUCCCAGGCCCAUGCUUGAAGGGUUUACAAGAGGUUAGAUUUGGGGCUUUAUAAUAUACCAUGAAAAAUCUGAAUUCAUUGUGCCCCAUAGAGUUCUAAUCUAUAAAGUCAAGCCUGGAGAUUUCAUGUCCUGUGUGUACAUUGAUUUUUCCCUCCGCCAGUGUGGACACACACACACACACACACACACACACACACACACACACACAAUUCUGGGGACCAAUGGACAACUCCAAAAAAAAAAAAAAGAAAGAAAGAAAGAAAGAAAGAAAACUACUUGGGAAGCUCUAGGGCAGGGGAUUCUUGAAUCUGGGCUUUCCUGAGUCAAGAUAAUGUGUUUUUCUCUGCCUCGGAGCCCCCAUUUAUUUAAUGAGACAUUUGUGUAUCUAGUACACAGUAGGAAAAUGUGAAUACAUGCCACAGUUAGGUAUUUAGUAGAACUAUCAUUUUACCCCUGCAUUUUAACAGUGCAUGGUCAUUAGCAUCUGCUAAAUUUGUUUGCAGCUUUAUUAUGACAGAGGGAAAUGACAGGUUUGCAGAUCUUUGUCUCUCUGGGAUGCACCAGAAUAUAUCUGAAGCCCUUUUUUUGUUUUGUUUUGUUUUUUUUACACUUGACUAGAAGAUGUGAAUGAUAAUUGUAGUGUCUGACAAUACAAGUCUAGCAAAUAGCUUAGAACAUUGGAAGUAGAAAACAAAAAUUUUAAUUCCAAGUCAGCCUUUAUUCAUAAUUUGAUUAGACUUGAGUAUUCGUAUACAUACAUGCAUAUGAUUGAAAUCGAGCCAAUAGAAUAUGAGCUGAUUUUGUUUAAUGGCUAAGGGGACAGCCACUAUUUUGGAAACCAGAUUGCCUGUACCCAAGUGUCAGCUCAUAAUCAUGUCUUUUCUACUUUGUUUUGUUAGGUCUAGUGAGUUCUUAUUUUUAAUUUUUUUUAUGAUGCAGACUUAGAGAACUGAGAUGAUUGCUUACUAACUCCUAUGUUUGUAAGAUUUUUCACUUACAAAAAUAAUUAUUUCUAUAUUAUUGCCAAAAUUUGCUGUAUAGUUUCCAACCCCAUUUAGAAGUAUAGUAUUUAUUAAUUGAAAUUAUUCAUUUGCAUUUGGUAUAUAGUUUCGUGUGUUACAUAAUGACAGGUCAAGAUAAAAUGGUAGUAAUUUAAGGCCAUGUACUGAAGUGACCUGUGACAAAGACAUAGGCAGAUUGGCAUUGUACAGCCCUGGGGCCAGUUCAGUGGGUACAGCCUCUUCUGUAAAUGUAUUAGCCAUGGCAGCAUGGAGGGUAAGCCUUUAGGUCAGUUUUAAAAUGGCCUUAUUUAAAUUUGAUGUUUUAAAAAGAAACUCAGGGAAGGUACUAAAACCAAAAUCUCUAAUUUGACUUUUGUGUUAUUUUUUGUUUUAUUGGGAUACUUUUAUAAAGGGAAAUAGUGUUGAGAUCCUUUGAUAAUUGUACGACGUUCCUUAAUUAUUCAUCGUGACCUUUAUUUUACAAGUUUCUGAAUAUGAAUUAAAUUACCUUUUUUUUUUAACCAGUUUCCAGCCGCUUUUUAUUUGCUCUAAAUGUAUAUAACUAGAGUACUAUAUGCUGAAAAAAUAUGGAAAAUGUGUUUGAACACAGUUAACAUCACAAACUAAUGUAAGCCUACUUUUUGAUACCUUUUUGUCAUUUUUUUUCUUUUUGGUGACAAUUAUAUGUAAUAAAUGUGUUUACAUGUGUGCUUUUUAAA